AUUUAGUUGACAUUUUGAUUACUUUACUAUUCGAAUUUGUUUCACAGUAGAAGCGUUUUUUGAAACAAUUGUGCAAAGCGGUAUAAUUUUCUGAAAAAAUUAUAAGAAAACACGGUUUUAUCCUCUAUUAAAUGUUUUAAAUCAAGUAUAAGGUUAUCUUGGCGUCUUUUUAUACUGCAAAACGCUUCUUACACUGUUAACAGUAAACAUAAAAAAUGGAGUCUUUGGACAUCACGCUACAAUUGGGACAAAUGCUGUUGGUGCAAACAGCCAGUGAAUUAUUGACAGGCACAUUAAAGUUUGUUGAUCCAAAGCGCAGGAUAAUUGAAUUAGAGAACCCUUAUGACCAGCGUUCAAAUUGUCAAUAUAAUACGCCGCAAAUUUUAGCUUUUCCUCAAAUUAAAAAGUUACAGAUUAUAAGAGAAGAUGAACCUUCGAGUAAUUCAAAUAGCUGCAGUGGUUCGAUUACAUCACCUACAUCAUCAGAAAGUCACACCAGCUACAAUACAGCGCUGAGGUCGCCAACUUCGUCGCCAGAAAGUAAACUUGCAUCAUCAGAAGAAAAUGAUAUCUCGCUUAGUACAUCUGAAUUAGAUUUGAUACACGAGCAACUAAAUUCGAUGGUAUGCAUUACACAGACUGAUCAAAAAUAUCACAAAGCAUUAGCAGACAUUCGUGUCCAACCAGUUGUUGCCCUUAUUAUUGAGCCGGUGGACUAUGGUCGCGCACAUCGCACCUCUGUGAUGGUGCUAGCCACGUUUCAAACCGUCUACAUAUUCGACAUUAUCGCAUUGGGUAGUAUAUUUCGGGAAAUGAAGCAUCUACUUGAGGCUGAGAGACCUCGCAAAGUGGUACAUUAUAGUCAUAAACUAGUUGAUCACCUUAAAAAUCGGCAUGAUGUUAAAUUGGGUGGAAUUUUCGAUACAUUUGUAGCGGUAUCUAUCAUAAGAGGGAUCAAAGAACCAUUGACUUUAAUAGAAGCUGUUGAGAAGAUAUUAAAUGUAACGCAAAUUUUCUUUCAUUCUGAGGAAGAAAGCACUUUAACCAACGACCCAUACAAACGGCCUCUGACCUUAGUAGUGCGUCUACUAUUGGCAAAGAAAGCAAUAAUGCAAUUAAAAUUGCAUGAACAUCUUCUUCAUAAACACAUGCUGAAAAAUUUCUACAAUCAAUGUGAGAUAUUUUCAAAAACAUUUUGUGAAAGUGAAGAUGCCACUACACCGUUGGAAAUGCAACGUAAGAGUCGUGCUGGCUUUCAGCAUAUAAAACGUAGUGCAAAAGAUUUUGAUUUCAAAUUCAAUGAAUUAGCAGAAUGAGAAGGAAACCCUUUUCGUGGUGCUCAGUAUUUUGUAUAUUUAGAGUAAAUACAAAUUCUAGUUUUUGCGAUGCACCUAGUUUUUAAUUAAUUAACCAUAACUAAAAGUAUAAAAUCAACAUCGUGCAUAAUGAUUACUGGCUGUGAAAAGAAGCUUUGAAGCAUUACAAUAUCAAUAUUGCUCUCAGAUGGCACGAAUGUAUGUUAAAUGUGUUCAUUUACUGUUAAAAGAAGAAAUAAGAACAAAUAAACUAAUUUAAUUACAAUACCAUAA